AUAAUGAACUAUUAUGUCAGCCAUGCUGCUUGUCAGUGCAUUACUGCUUCGGUGAACUUGUAUCCUGCGCUUGUUCUGCGUUUAUUUGUUUUGCGCUUCUCUUAUUUGACUUAGGUAGUGGUGGUGGUGGUGGUGUGUGAUCCAACGCAUUGACAUAUCAUGCGAGACCAGCUACUGUCUGUGUUUUUUGCCACUCCGGGGGUCGUGGUGUAUAAAGUUCAUUGAACCAAACGUAGCCACGGAGUUCGCGACAUCUUUUACUGGCUUGAAUCCGGUCCAUGCCGGGAGAGCAUGUCUUCGCAUGUCAAGCGUGAGACCGGCUACCGGCCCUCUGACCCGGAAUGGGAGGCCAAGGAAGAGCUGCGUCUGCGGGAGCUGGAAGAGGCCCGUGCCAGAGCUGCCCAGAUGGAGAAGACUAUGCGCUGGUGGUCGGACUGCACAGCCAACUGGCGUGAGAAGUGGAGCAAGGUGCGCACAGAACGCAACAAAGCGCGGGAGGAUGUGCGCCUGCUUCGAGGGAGGGUGGACGCAGCCACCAAGGAGGCAGCAGCCCUCAAGCGCGAUAAGCAAGAGCUGGAGGCCGAGGUGGACCAGCUGCGCCGAGAACUUGAUUACCUCAGAAUCGCCGACGAUCCUCCGAGUGUGGACCACGAGGUGCAGCUUUCGUCGACGGCUUCUUCGGCCACCCAUGCCGAGUUGGAGCACCUGGAGAAGCUGCUAGACGCGGAGGCCACCAACGGACUCCUGUCCCAGAGGGACCCUGAGCAGACGGAUCAGCGGACACCGCUGCUGCAGCUGCGGCUGGAUGAGGCGGCCAAGCUACUUCUGGCAGAGAGGCAGGAAAAAAACCAGCUGGCCAAAAUGCUCGAAAAACAGGCGACAGAACUGGGCCAGCUCAAAGCCAAAUAUGAUGAAUUGCGGAAGUCCCGGCAGGACACCUUGAAGGAGCUGAGCCAGGUGAAAGCAGAGCAUCAAGAUGAAUUGGAGUGCAUUCGAAUCGACCUUGAAGAUGAGGCUAGUGGCCGCACCUGCCUUGACAAGCGAUUGACCGAACUCAGGGCUCAGCUGGUGCAGCUCCAGGGAGAGAAUGCGGCGGAGUGGGGUCGCCGGGAACGUCUGGAGACAGAGAAGUUGACCCUGGAGAGGGACAACAAGAAUCUGCGUGCCUCGUUGCAAGAGCUGCAGGAGUGCCUCCAGCGCAAGGCCCAGCCUGCUGGCCCCACUUCAGACCUCAGGACAGUCCAGGCAGAGCUUCAGCACCGUACCAAGGAAUUACUGGACCUGAAGCAUGCCCACAGCAAGCUAAAAAAAGUGCUGCAAGAGAAAAGCACCGAACUGUCGCAUGCACUGCGGCGCUCUGACCAGUAUGAGAUGGAGGUGAAGAAGCUGCGAGGGCGCAUCGAAGAGCUCAAAAAGGAAUUAGCCACUGCAGAAGAUGAGGUGGACAGUGCUACCAACAACAUUCGCAAGCUUCAACGUUGCAAUGAUGAACUUCAGGAGCAGGUUGAAACGCUGCAAGUUCAGCUAGAGCACCUACAGACAAGCCAAGAGAACUUGCUUUCUACGGUUGGUUCGGACACCCUACAGGUUGAAGAACAGUGUGCCGCACCAACUGCACAGUCGUCUGAGCAGCCGAGGCGUGCAGGCAGUUGAUCUACUCAGCGAAGAUGAAGCUGGCGACUACUGACACCCACGGUCACCAAUAUCUAGUAAAACGUGCCAACACCUUUCUUUGCGCACAGCCGAUUUAAGGUGACCUAGGAAUGCCUUUCAGGCUAUUGUUGUUUCAUAGUUUUGUUUAGGGAAGAACUAUGAUUGCGGGGAAGAAAGGUGCCAGUUUCAAAGCCUGGCUGAGUGGGGAUGCCCUGCUACUAAGAAGGGUUAAUGACAGAUGGCACUCACCGGUUUUGGUGGUUUAACGCUGCCUCAAACAUAGAGCUUGGUUUUAAAAAAAGCCUGUAGUAUUCCGUGCAAAGUCUGGAAAAAAUACCUGUAUGUAGUUUCAGAUCGAUUAAACUGCAACCAAAGUCAAGCCACGUGGACUAUGUUAACGGGCUCGUAAUGGAGGACGGCAGUCGCAGCUAAUCCGAGGGCACUCUGCAAUACGCAGAGGGCAGAGCUGGUUUUGAGAAUGCAGGGUGACAACCUAUACAAGUUGCCGAAAAAAAUACUCGUUUCGAUAGUUAUCAGUAGACUGCAGAUUGGUAUGCAGUUGCAUGUUGUUAUUUUUUUUCUUGGCAUGUACAGUCAAACCUGAUUACAACGAACUCGGGUACAGCGAAUUAACCCCUAUAUAGAAUACGCAAAUAUAUUUUAUCGGUAUGCAUGCCAAAUAUAUCUCGCAUAAUGAACUUCACGAUGGAUAUAUAGAAUUUCCAGUACUUACGACCACCAGCAGACAUGCAAACUCCGGCACUUCCACCGUUCAGCUUCCUUGCAAUGCAGAUGGAGGUUCCUCGUCUCCCGGCAUGAAGCCUCCACUUAGUUACGCUUAGUCAAGCCCUUGCGCUGUAAGGCCCUAUCAGGUUUCAGAUUUCGUAACAACCACGACGCUUUUCAGCCGAUCAACUCCGUUGUUACCGGUGGUUUAGGAACAGGCAGAAUUUGGCCACGCACGCAGUCAAUGCUCUGCAGACUAUCUUGGCAUCGUAAACUUUGUUUCCUUAGGCCUCCUGCAACCUACCAUUUUGUUCUGCGAUCUGGUGCGGUUCACGAUGACUACAAAGCAGCGGCAUGCUCUUCAGCUCUCGGACAGAGUGGACGUCAUUACUGGACAAUAUGCCAAAACAACACUGGCAAAACGAAGGGAAAUCUGGACGGGACGCAACGUAACUUUCAACUGAAUGGUUUAUUUAGGAAAACUUGCAAAUAAAAAUAAAAACCAACACAUGCUGGCUGAACUCUGUAAGAUAAAGUCUAAACGCACCUCCUAGGAAACCACCAUCACUGUUUCCGCAUAUAGUGAAAUUCUUUGUCGGACAAUAACAUCCGCCAUGUCGAACGUGGUGAAAAAAAUUCUAACAUUGUUGCUGCCUUUGACAUAUCUAGGAGUGUGUUAAACACCCUGUGCGUAUAACAAAUUGUAAAAAUGUGUUGCAAGCGGGUUUUGCUAUAACAAAUUAUUGUGAAUAUCAAACGAAACCAGGCGUUUUAUACAGUUCAUUAUAAAUGGGUUUGACUGUAUAGCAACGGGAUAAAUACAGAAGCAUUUUUUUGGGGUACCUAGUACAUAUAUAACUGCUUUUUGGGAGGUAAGGAUACUUCACACGGUGCAAUUUUUUCUAGAAACUUGUGGACAAUGUCAUAGAGCAGUGGUUCUCAACCAUUGAUGUUUUGCGGACUUGUUGUGGAUCGGCGAAGAUGAUGAUGGACCCCGUUCGUGGUGAGGGGAAGGGAAAGGUAUACAUUAAUUAUGAUAAUGAGUUAAUAAGUGGAUAUAACUAGGGGCUAAUGUGAAGUAGACUUCUCUCGUUGACGUACACACCAGAAAACUCACCCAAAAAUUAGAAUGUUUCUUCUCAGUCUGAAAAAAUACAACUUUUAUUGUCAGGCUUAAAUGAUGAGGCAGGGCUUCGCAUACCCCAAAGGGUCUCGGAGCCCCAUUUGAGAACCACUGUCAUAGAGGCAUGACAUGCAAGCAUCAUCCCCUCUUUCUCAGCACAAAUGAUGAUGCCUGUGCAGCAUUACACACAUUUGUGGAGAAUAUUGCGCCAUGUGAAAUGUUCUUUAGGGCAUGUCUUCAGCUUAGCAGCAUGCACAUGUAUAUUUCUGGUGUUUCAGAGUUAUCAAUGCGUCUUGAACUGUAACUGGCACUUUCGGGUCAUUAAUUGGCCACUGGUAAGAUUUACCUGCGCAGAGUAUUUUCAAGGAGUGAGAACAUUGCUGGUAGUACAAAUAAUGCUGGUGGAAAAGCCCAACAUGUUUGACUCAAAUACAGAUUAAAUAGUUUUAUCUCA